AUGACACUUUACGCCUACUUAGUUGUUUUCCCAGAGAGCGUUAAAACCCCUGCGCACUGGGCUGUGCUGAUAACCACUGAGAAUGGCAAGGUCGGGCAAGAGUUUCAGGCUAUUGGUAGUCCGUUUCAUGGCUAUAAUCUCGAAGUUAAGGAGGAGUUUGAUUUGAGCAAGGAGUUUAAGAAACAUUCCUGUGUCUUUCUCGGGAGUCUGGAUGACAGCUGGAAAUCUCAGCUCGCUGGCGUAGCGCAAAGCAUUGCUGCACCCGGGAUAAGCUCCACCCCCCUUGAUCCCUUCGCGGGUGAGAAUUGCCAGAGCUGGGCAAGACAGUUCAUCCAGUCCCUUAUUGAUAGAGGUGCUUUGGAAUCUUCGGCAAUGGAGAGACUUGAAGCUGCCCCUCGCGUUUAG